GAGGAGGAGGAGGAUGGAAAACACGAGUAUAGAGGGAAACAGGAACAGAAAGUGAAGAGUUGUCAAGAUGUCUUGGUGAGUGAGAAGAGAACAGAGCAGAAGCCAGAUGCCAAAACACGAUAAUAAGACGCCUGAGCAGCUGACUGGAUUAGACAAACGGGAGACCUGACCUACUAAUACAGAAACGCCUAAGGGGUCACACAUGCUCCUUAAAAAGCAGCAGGGGCCAACUGAGUGCAACCAAAACAUUCUUCUCAGCCCUUUCCUGGCUUUGUGUGCUUUAGAAAUGAACUUUUCCUAAACAUGCAAAGGGAAUCAACACGGGAAAAAAAGGCAGGAGGACGAACGUAUACUCUCAAAAAUAUUCAGGGAAUGACCUCAAAAUCCUCGUCUCAACAGAGAAAAACAUAAACAAUAGAAGUGCUGGUCCUUUGAAAGUGACAUUCAAGGAGUUUUGUUGCAGUGCUUCCAUUUGACAGAAACAACACAAGUCUGAUUACUUUUCAUCAGACAGACCAGCAUCUCAAGGGAACUUCCUCUGUUGGAAUCAUUAUUUAUACAUGAAGUAUGUUAACGCUCAGUUUCAAGUCAUCCAAAAUAUUGUACCUGACAGCUGAUGGACUGACAGAUUAGAGGGAAAAACUCAUAUCACACUUUUUAUUUUAAUUUUAUUCAUUAAAACUGAAAGUAAAUCUUGAUUUAUCACUUUGAAGUUAAAAAAUACUUACACAAACUAAUUUACAGAAACUUCCAAACAGUGAAUCAACCAGAAAACCAUGGAAUGGAAGAUUGAGAGCAUCCAGGAUUUUUUCAAUCAACUUUGGAGCUUUGUGACAGACAAACACAACCAGGGGGUUUACAACACAAUCUGCCUGGCUGUCGUCCUAACACUCCCCCUGCUCGUCCUCCUCACCGCAGUGUUGGUGUGCUGCCACUGCUGCUGCUGUCCCCAUGCCAACAGCUGCUGUUCCUGCUGCUGUGGAGACACUGCAACAACCUCAAGGUUGGAAACAAAGAAGAAAAAGAAUUCAAGCAACAAUGAAGACUUGUGGAUAUCUGUAAAGACGGUACCCAUGACACCUGAAAGAGUUGCACUGACUGUGGUGUAAGAGCCUCAACUCUUGUGAUGCAGUGAAUCCCAGGCCAGUUCAUGCAGGUAGAAUGUUAAAAAGAUUUUUUAAAAAGUUGCUCUUAAUACAUUUUUAUCAUAAGAAAACCUUUACAAAUAUGAGAAAUUAUAUUAAAAGUGUGUAUAUAUUCAGGAAAUUCUUAUUCUUAUGAGUUUUGUUUUUAUGAGUGUUAUAUUUUUACAAUGUUUUUUUUCCCUCGUGUGGGAUAGACAGGAAGAUGUCUGUAGAUAGAAGCACCCACCUGCGUGAGUAAGUUUGUGUUUGUCUGUGUGUGGGAGAGUGAAUGUUAGAGAGGUGCAGAGCUCUUUGUUCCUAGAGCUCCCAUGUGAAAUUCACUGUGCCUGUAUUUGAGAGUAAGGGAGCCAAUUUGAGUUCUGCCCGGUGUUCAAAUGGUUGCAUUUCUGCCUAGCUUUCAGAUUCAGGCUGCAGUGGAUCCACAGAUUGUCUCUCCUCUUCUUAAGUAAGAGGCACUGACAUUUGAAAGCUGUAUUACUGCCUGCAGAAUAGAAAAAAAACCUGUAGCUCUCUUUGUGUAGAUAUUUUUAUCAUACCUGCAUCACCGCUCGCUAGAGGGUUCACCUGCUUCAGCCUUUUGUACAGCUUCACCGUCUACUUUGGGUUUCAAGAACUUUAAAGACCCACUCCAAUGAAAAUUAUUUUUUACACGUUCUUGUGGGUUUUUUUUUCCUAUGAUGGCAGACAUAUAUAAACAAAAAUGGAGCUUAAAAUUGCAUUUCUGAGUAUUUCUUUUUUUAAAUUGUUGUGAUUCAGGAGCAGAUGAAAAAAUGCAGUUGGAAAACACUUGAAGGUGUGACGUAAAAGCAACAACGGCAAGCCACAAGCUCCCUGGUCUGCACAAUUCCAGUCUGUCUGUGUGAGCAGCGUGAGCACACCAUCAAACACGCACCUACAUGUUGUUGCGCAAAUCCAUGUCAUAAACAAACUCUUCUGUUGUGAAAUUAUAAUUUCUUACGAAUUACUCUUCAUUUCUCACAGUUUGGACCUCUGGUGCACACUUGGUCUUAGUUUUCAGCAAAGAUGCACUUACAAAAGUUAACUCGCGGCAUCUUAGCCACGCCCCCCCCUUCAUUGACAGCCAAAACGAUGGAUUUGUUUUUCCGGUUUAGAUAAUUUUGAUGUCAGUCUUUGUGACAGCUGUUUUUAAUUGAACCUGUUUGUUUUUGUUUCUUUCAUUUUCACGGUAUAGUUUAGGGGAAUUAACUGUGGUUGAAAUGAAUGUGAAAUUAAAUGAAGGACCUACAGUAUGUGAAAUAUAUUGUUAAAUGAAAUAUUUCUGAGAAUAAUUGUUUCCUUUGAGUAAAAUGGUGGGAGUGGUAAGACGAGGUUUAUAAGGAGGUACCUCACUAUCACAAUGGCAGAGGGAGAGAGAGAGUGAGUGGAGAGAGAAACAGGCAUCCACUUGCAGACGACUAGAUGCAUCUUCAUUUUUUUUCGUUCGAGCUGGUAUCUGGCCACCCCGCAGAAGCUAUGUCCUUGAAAACAACAACACACAAUUUUUUAGAUUUAGCCUAAAAAUGGCAUACCGAUAAUCAUCAUUAAAAGACCACUGAGAACGCUUUUACAGUAAAUCAAAAGGUGAUCGGAGUGGGACUUUAAUACCUUAACUUAUCAAUGGAAAAAGGAAAACCAAAUUUUUUGCAGUUCAUUAAAUAUUGUUUAUUUGUGUACAUUGGGCUGUCUUGUUUUAAUUUUAUUUAAAGUUAUUUCUAAAAUACUACCUUCAUCACUUCAAGUCAACAUUUUAAAGCCUUAAAAAGUUUCUUUCAGUUCCAUAUAUUCUUCUUUUUAGAAGCUUAAGAAAUCAAACUAAAGAAAAAAAUGAGUAAAAAGUUUGUACUUCUGGUGACUCCUGUGCAACAGAUGUAUUUAUUUUUGGAAGAUUACAAUCUAAUUAACUUCCUGCUUUCAUGUGAAUUCUUAAACUGCAAAGCCACAAGUUUUCUAACCACCAUUAAAAUUAGUUUGAGGAUGCAUGACUUACUUCACACUUGAGUUUGCAUGCUGAAUAUUUUUAACUGCAGUUUUGAAGUCAUCUCAUAUAAAAGGAUUACCGUCUGACAAGUCAUUUUACCUUAAGACAUUUUUGAUACUUUUUUGUUUAAUUUUCAUACUGUAAAAAAAUAUAUAUAAAAGCACAAACCUUUACACAAUUUAUUAAGGACUUUCCAAAUUUUGAGCCUGAUGGUACAUGGUGUUCUCUCUGUUUUUGUUUUAUCAUAAAAUAAAGGGUAACAUUAAAGUUUUUAGCAAAAAAAAAAUUUAGAUCCUGGACCAAUCAUGCAUUAAGUCAGUUCUCAUUUCCCAAUGCUCGCUAUUUUACAUAUUAUUAGCUUAAUUAACUUUUCAAAUAACUUUUCUUAAUUGCUGCAGUGUCUUCAGAUUUAAACUUUGUUCUUUUUUGUUAUUUACUAACUCAUGCUGAUGUUUAUGGAUGUAAUGCAUUUGUAUUAAAUGUACCUCGGAAAACGCAGUGAGUCAUUCUUUUUGCCAUUAUUAAUACAUAUUUCAAUAUUUUGGAUCACAUUUCAGAAUAACAAGAUGCUGGACAUUCCCAUUUCAGCAAUGUAAAAUACAUACAGAUGUGAAGAUUAUCUCACUUCCCUCGUAUCUGCACAGAAAAUAUCUUCAUUUUUUAACAAAAAAUGCAAGACGAUGCUUUAAGACACCCUGAUACUGAAAAGUUGACCACAGUUCAGCCAUGUUUAAUCACUUUACAGAGAUUGCUGGUUUGUGUUUUAGAUAUUUUUUUAAUGUGACUUUACUGUUUCCUCACAGUAGCAGCAUAUUUUACUGCAUACCUGUAAUGGUAACAGUCAUGCUGUUUUCACUCAUUGUGACUCAUUGUAAAGAGAAGAAAGCUUUCUUUCCUCUCAUCUCUGCUUUUUUUUCUUCAAACAAUUUUCUUGGAAAAAUAAAUAUGUUGGUACAAGAUAAAUCUGCUUCUCUUCAAGCAGGAAGUCCCAUUUUCUGGAUUUCCAUCAGCCUGCUUCCUCCUAACCACAAUUUUUGACAAAUAACUGCCAAAUGGGUGAGCAUGUCCAAGGAUGUCUGAUCUGUUCAGAAAUAUUUUUGUACUUUUGGAGUCCUGCCAGUAAUUUAUUCUAAGUAAUUAUGAACCAAAUGGGGGAAAAGUGUGGCUUUCUCUCUUCAUUAAGCGCUUUUACUUGUACAGACAUGAAUACUAAUAAUGUUUUUCUUUUUUCCGUACCACGCAUUUUUCUUCCUACGGCUUCAUAAAUUUACCACUUGACCAUGACGAGCUGCAACUAAUUAUCAUCUUUCCCAUCCAUCAAAAAGCAAUGAAAAUGACUUUCUUCAAACAAGCCUGUGCCAUAAAUAUUUAUAAUACUUCUAAUUUAGCUUCAACAAAUGCACAUUUUAAGUUUGUUAUUAUUUUUGGUGGAAUUUCUGUGGAUGCUGAAUGACCA